UGCUUCUCUUAGACCUCCAAUCUCUAUGAAUAAAUGAUAAUUUGUGAUUGUUUGUAGGACAAAUAAUAGAUAUUGCUAAUGGUUAUAUUUAAAAAAAACGAAGUGUAAAUUCUAUUUAUUUAGCCCAUUAUAAUUUGUAACGAUGUCGGACACAAGCGAUUUAGACCGUCAAAUCGAACAAUUGAAAAGAUGUGAAAUUAUAAUGGAGGCAGAGGUUAAAGCCCUCUGUGCGAAAGCCCGCGAGAUCCUUGUUGAAGAGAGCAACGUUCAACGAGUCGACUCUCCUGUCACGGUGUGUGGAGAUAUUCAUGGACAAUUUUAUGACCUCAAAGAACUUUUUAAAGUUGGUGGAGAUGUACCUGAGACCAACUAUUUAUUUAUGGGUGAUUUUGUGGACAGAGGGUUUUACUCAGUUGAAACAUUCUUAUUACUACUAGCAUUAAAAGUUCGUUAUCCAGACCGCAUAACCUUGAUAAGAGGAAAUCAUGAGUCAAGACAAAUUACACAAGUAUAUGGUUUUUAUGAUGAAUGCUUAAGGAAAUAUGGAUCCAUUACUGUCUGGAGAUAUUGCACUGAAAUAUUUGACUAUCUAUCAUUAUCUGCUAUCAUAGAUGGACGAAUAUUCUGUGUUCAUGGUGGGUUGAGCCCUUCAAUACACACUUUAGACCAAAUAAGAACCAUUGACCGUAAACAAGAAGUACCCCAUGAUGGAGCUAUGUGUGAUUUGCUGUGGAGUGACCCUGAGGACACACAAGGAUGGGGAGUGUCACCACGAGGUGCUGGUUACCUCUUUGGUUCAGACGUUGUAGCACAAUUCAACGUGGCCAAUGAUAUUGAUAUGAUUUGCCGUGCUCAUCAGCUUGUCAUGGAAGGAUAUAAAUGGCACUUUAAUGAGACUGUCCUUACUGUUUGGUCAGCUCCCAACUAUUGCUACAGAUGCGGCAACGUAGCUGCUAUAUUAGAACUCAAUGAGAGUCUUCAAAGAGAAUUCACAAUAUUUGAAGCGGCCCCUCAGGAGGCUCGAGGCGUGCCCUCUAAAAAACCUCAAGCAGACUACUUCUUAUAAUGUUACCUCCAAUAGACAAUUUCGAUCCUCGUUUAGUAUUACAGUUUUAUUGUAGUGACAAAACAUUACAAUUAAUUCAUUGUGGUGUUAAGACUGCUGUGUUGCAAUUUGAAUGGGUUUAUGAUGAAACCAGUUCUCUGGAUAGAAAACCGAUUUAACUAAAACCAAUACUGAAAAAAUCAUUUCAAAAGGCAUGUUAUUAAACAUAUUAUAAAUCAAUUAUGGUUUGGUAAAAAUCUGAUAAUCUUAAAAAAAACUUUUUCAAUGUUUAUAAAUUAUAAAUUUUGUAAUAUUCAAAAGUAUAGAAGACAAGUAAAAUAUCAAAAUGAUGAAUGAAACUUGGCCUAUUUAAAACUACAUUAUUAUAAUGUGGCUACAUACCUUAAAAUCAAUUGUUUCAAUUACUUUAUUAAAUUGAAAUAUUGACAGAGAAUUCAAAGAGACAAAUUGACUGUGCCACCAUUGCCUGUCUCUUUAAUGUAGGUCUGUAAUGACAAAGAUGCAGUAGACUACUGAUCGCACUGUCAAUUUGUCUCUGUCUCACACUUUCCCAACAUUUACUUAACAGCUUGAUAGGAAACUAUGUCUAUAAAUAUAAUAAGUUAUUUGUCAUUUUUAUUAUUGUGAAGUCUGUAUGUUCCUUAUUUGUUAAGAGUUUUUAAAUAAUUCUCAUCACUGCCAUAAACUUAGUGUUUAUGUACAAAGAAUUUUUCUAAAAUUCUUAUAAUUGUAAGGAUGAAAAUUUUAUUACCUUCCAGAUUUGCAGUGAUCAAAUUAAUAAGAUUUUCAAUGAUUGUUAAAAAAAGUUUAUGAGUUACAUGCAUAACCUUAUGUGGAAUGUGACUAAAUGUAAGGUAUUAUAACUCAUACACUUGACCAAUAUGAUGGCAAAGCUUCUGGACAAAAAGUUUUUAAUAAGGUUAGGCUUUAAAUAAGUUAAUGUUUUUAAUUAAUAAAAUAAUUAAUUAAAAUGUUUGGAUUAAAACAUGUCCAAGUUCUUCAAUCUUUAUCUACCAAUGUAAGAGCUGUACAUCUAUAAUUUAUGAAUACCAAAGCAUGGCGCAAUAAUUUAAAACACUCUGUUGAAUAUUGUGCUACACAUCCUUUUUAUUACCUUUUUUGACAUGUUUGUAAGCAUAAAUGUUAAGCCUUU